CGCACGUCUGAGUCGACACACGUAAGUUUAGUGCGCGCGAGUGCAGCGCUCUUUUGACUUUUAACUUUACUAACCGUUUUAAAUAUACGUAUAUACGUAUAUGUAAUAUGUAACGUACAUAGGUUAAGUCGUAUACGCGUGUAAUAAAAAGCGAAAAGAAUCGAAGAAAAAGAGACAUGAUGGUUUUCGAUCCUUAACGGUAUUUCGAAGGGUUUCUUUUAUCUUUCAUAAUGAGGAAAAAAAACAUAAUUUUCAAUUUGUAAUGAGCGUAACGAUCGAACGAAAAUAUUUGUUAAGUGUAAGAUUGUGAAGAAGAAGAAAAAGAAGAAGAGGAAGGAGGUGUGCGCGCUUACGAGCGCGAGAAUAUCGAAGGACCUCGACUCGGGUACGGAAGGCGAUACAAAAAAGCAAGUUCACCGCGAUAUCGUGCCGAAGGUGACUGAGGGAAGUGUUCUUGAAACGAAAUAAACCUCUUUCCCCGUCUACGUAGACAUACGUAUAUACAUAUAUACUUCUCCCUCUUUUCUUUCGGUCCAGGAAUGAAAGGAUAUUAUCAUACGUUCGGUAAAAAGAAAAUCGAGAAAAUCUCGGCGUACACGAACGAUCGCGUAGUUUGAUCGGAAAUUUCUCAAAAAAUCGACCAUGCCUUUGCUUCUUCCGCGUAACGCGAAUUCGUCGACGAGAAAACGUUCGCGACGUAGAAGUUUAUCUGCGAGGCACCUCAGCUUCGCGGAGGAUCGUGAAGAAGGAUAAACAAAGAAAAAAUCGUACAAUCUUUAUAUAAUAAAAUAUCUUGCAACAUUAGUCUUUGAGGUAAUACGAUUUUUUUCGAAGUACGAAGUAAACGGUAGUGAAAGUUAUUUAUUUACCAAACGAACGCUUUUUUCUUCUAUCGAGUUUGGUCGAGUGUUAAUUUUUUAAAGAAGAAGAAGAAGAAGAAGAAGCAGAAGAAGAAGAAGAAGAAGAAGAAGAAGAAGAAGAAGAAGAAGAAGAAGAGGAAGAAGAGGAAGCAGAAGCAGAAGAAGAAGAAGAAGAGGUGUGUGGAGGUUAGCGGCUCGCAAGACUGAAUAACCGUGGACCGAACCGGUCGGUUCCAUUCGGUCCUGUUCAGUCGUUUCGUCAACGACGAACAAGAAGGAGAGGGAGAAAAGGAAGAAGAAGAAAAAGAAGGACGAUGAGCGUUAGGAUCGUCGUAAGCGUGACGGAAAUCGCGGAAAUGAACCCCAAGGAUCGUUACGUCGUCGAAGGGAUCGCACUUUCCACCGAGGAUGUGAGAGAUGACGGGACACAAGACCACGAAAAAGAGCCCGAUUCCUUUGAAUUAUUGUCGCCUGUCGAUCAGCCGGUCGACAGCGUUUAUAUGAUAUGUGGCGUGCUAAUAGCUAUGGUAUUGGUCGGUGUUAUCAUCGUCCUACUUGCUGUAACAAUCAGCAAACUACGGAAAAGGGAGGAGCAUCAUUCAAAUGUCGUUCAUCCCGAGAAUGCCACUGUUGUACAAACGGCAACGGUCUCGGCAUCCUCAGCAACGAUUUCAACGAUCGUCUCUUCGCCGCCAUCGUCUCAGCUGGGCAACGAGCGAUGCUUGGCACAGGUGACCACCGGCGAUGGUACUUCCCCUCCUUCCCCCACCGCCGUAACAACGGUCACCACCGCCACCACCACCACCACCACAACCACUGCUACGAGCAUCGAGCACGACGGUGCUUAUCCGAUCGCCAGCACGCAGGACCAAUUCGUCUGGCAGUUCCCGCCGCCUUACCCGCCACAGCAAUAUACAUUGUCCUAUAACGAUCAGGAUGCUCUUGUACACACGCUACCAGCGGGCGGUAGGCCGGGAUUUGCAAAAGGCUUUCGCAAAAACUUUGGUGGACAUUGGCGUCGUUUAGUCAAGAGGAAACCAGAAACCGAGACUUGUGCCAUUCCACCGGAACUUAAGGAUCAGCUAAAAACGAUAUACGUUUAUUGACCGACCGUACAGAUGAUACCAAAUCGUACCUCCAUUUUAUCGUUGACCUUCCAAUCUGAUAAAAAACAAACGCUUUUUUCGUAUCAUAAUUCAUAAGAUACAUCGUUAUAUCGAUUAAUAACAUUAAGGGAUCGAAUUUGAAAGAUUGUUUAACGAAGCAAGAUAGAAAGGAAUAAAAAAAUAUGAGGGGAAGAGAAAAAAAGGGAAGUCAAGAACAACAAACGCGGGACGGGUCAAAAAGUUACUUCUCAUCGAUUACUCAUUUUCAGGCUUGUAGUUAGGCUUAUAAUUUUACAAGCUAGACUUGUAGUUUUACGAUAUGAAGAAACAAAUUUGCCUAAACAGUUUCGAAACAAGGGUAAUUGAUUUUUAAUAUCAUGUAGAAAUUUUUGGCCCAACUCGCGUAAAUGAAUCAUCGAGCGAGGGAUGACCUUUCUUGCUAGUCCAAGUUAGAUAUUUUGAGAUAAUAAAAAAAAAAGGAAUUAGAAUUAUUGUUGUGAAAUUAUCAACAAAACAAUGAAAUGUUUAAAUUAAAUAGAAACAUAUCAAAAAAAAAAAAAGUGCCCGGAAAAAAUAUCUCUAGGACGUAAAGCUACUAUUCGAGUUUGAAAGUCGUGGAAAUUUGAAAGCGUAAUACACAGUAGACCAUCUGUCUCCAUUCACCGAAAUGUGCCUUUUUUUAAAUCCCGCUCUCGAUCUUUUUGUCCACUAAACAUCAUCUCGUAUACACAUAAUUGUCUUCCCAUCGUUCGAGGAAUCGCUGAAACUUCUGGACUCUACAUUAAGCGUAAAUAUCAGGAUAAAGAGCUUCGUUAAGCGAUGUAAAAGAAUUUUUAUGAGACUGAAAAAAACGUUAAAAGAGCUACGACAAAACGAGUUACAUCGUAGCUUUUUUCUGUCUGUGUAUGUAUUUUACUAUUGAUCUAUAAUAGUAAGAGAGAAAGAAAGAGUCACUCAACUAAGAAUCACUUUCACGACGCACUAGUAUUAACGUUAUUACCUGAGAAAUAUAUCUAAUGUCUAAUAUGUAAAAAAGAAAAAAAAAUAAUAUGAUGAGCGGAGCUAUAUAUCAGAAGUGAAAGAAAAUAUAAGAAAAGGAAAGAAGAAUAAAUCUCCUAAAAGCGUUUUCUGCUUCUCUCGCACGUGUCUCUUCGAAAAAAAAGAAAAAAAAAUCAGAAAAAAAGAGGAAAAAAAAAGAAAAAAAAAUAAGCUCUGUCAUUAAUGUAAAUACUAGACGUAUGUAGUUUUUAAAUAACGAUGGCGUAACCUAACGAUUUUGAAGCUGCGACCAUAUUGACGUAUCAAAUGUCCUCAAUAUCGUACGACUAAUUCCAAUGAUUUUUUCUAAUCACAAAUUUCGGUUUCUCUAACUAAUUUUGUUAUAACUAUUCAAUACGAAAUGAUCCAAUUGAUUAUAUAUAAAAUAUGUAAUGUCAAUGUGACAAAUGGUUUAGUCGUACGUUCAUUAUUGUCGAUCUUGUUGCUCAUCUAUGCGCUAUUUGGUAUAUAGAAAAUAGAAUGAAAGGGAAUAAUCAGAACGAAAUUGUAAUUUAAUAGAGAGAUAGACAGAUGUACUCUAUAUCUUUAUUAUUCUACUCCCUUUCUUUCUUUGACGAACACAAUACCAUGAAUAAGCGUGUAGUAUUUCGUAGCAAACUUAGACCAAUUUAAGAGAUCUUUAAUAAUUACAUUUACGACUCAUAUUGAGUCUGCACUACUUGCUAAACUACUACGGUAUUUCAAUUGCGUAUUAUUGUAAUUAAGUUGUACAGCAACGCAAAGCUUCGCUAAAUAUCCGAAAACGUUGUUGUCUUGCCCUUUACAUAUAAAGAAAAAAAAAAAAAGAAAAGAAAAAGAAAAAAAAAGAACAUUCGUUUCUCUGGAACUACUUCGACUGCUCAUUUGUUUCUUUGCCAAAUUGUAAAAUUGUAAAUGUGGCUUCUCGACGAGACAUUGAACGAUCUUUCUUUUGGCGUAUGCUGUUGGUAUAUAUGCUGCUGUUUCUAUGUGCGUAUGCAUGUCAUAUGGGUGCAUGUGUGUGUGUAUGCAAAUGUGCGAUUGGAAGCAUGGAACAAAAAGUAAUACUUAAGGAAGAGGUGAAAAUGUUAAAUUUGGUAACUGUAUAUUGGUGACUAUAUUAGUCAUGUGAAAACACAACAAAUGAAUGAAAAGAAACAAAAGGAUAUAAAGAAAAGCCUCUAUCUAACCAACGUUCCUGCUGCAGCCGAAACUAUGAAAAGAAAUUUGUAUUAUGAUAUUUUAGAACACGACGACUGUAGCGUAAAUAAUAGCAUCAUAAUGCUUUCGCGCGGCACGGAUUAUUCUAACGAUACGAAUUUAUUCAAGUGCCUACGUCAUAUAUAUAUAUAUACACACACAUAUAUAUAUAUAUAUCUGUACAGUAAAAAAAAAAAAACAUGUAAAAGCGAAAUUAUAGGAAGGAGCUGCGCUCCCACCACCUAGUCACUUUUAAAAAUACCAUCGAAACGUAUCCCUACGAAUUUUUAGUACAGCUUCGAGUUUCCCUUUGACUAUCUAUCUAAAUACGAUAAUAUUAAAUAAAAGAUUUUAAACGAU